AUGGCUAAUGCACAGCAAACUUGUCCAUCCGACAGCCAAAUACUUGAUUACAAAAACUCGCAUAAAUCUGAACAAUUAACAACUGGUUAUGGUCGUCCACUUGGCGAGCGGUCAAAUGUUGUAACAGUUGGUCCACGAGGACCAUUGCUACUUUCUGAUUUUCCCUACAUUGAAGAUGUUCAACGAUUUGAUCGUGAGCGUGUACCUGAACGAGUCGUUCAUGCCAAAGGUGCUGGUGCAUUUGGUGUAUUUGAAGCAACUGAUGAUGCAUCGGAUAUUUGUAAAGCAAAGGUAUUGGAAAAAGGAACAAAAACACGUGUUCUCAUUCGUUUUUCAACUGUUGCUGGUGAAAGUGGCUCAGCUGAUACAGUACGUGAUCCUCGAGGCUUUGCCGUUAAAUUUUAUACGGAUGAAGGCAUUUGGGAUUUAGUUGGUAAUAAUACACCCAUAUUUUUUGUUCGUGAUCCAUUAUUAUUUCAAAUGUUUAUUCAUUCUCAAAAACGUAAUCCACAAACACAUUUAAAAGAUGCAAAUAUGGUUUGGGAUUUUUUCGCUAAUCAUCCAAUGGCUACGCAUCAAUUUUUAUUUCUUUAUUCGGAUCGAGGUAUACCAGAUGGUUUUCGUCACAUGCAUGGAUAUGGUUCUCAUACAUUUAAAAUGGUUAAUGAUAGAAAUGAAUUUGUUUGGGUUAAAUUUCAUCUUCGAAGUGAUCAAGGUAUUAAAAAUCUGAAUCCAGCAAAAGCAACAACUUUAGCUGGUGAACAACCCGAUUAUGCACUAUCGGAUCUUUAUAAUGCGAUUGCUAGAAAAGAAUAUCCAAGUUGGACACUUUAUGUUCAAGUUGUUACACAUGAGCAAGCUAAAACACUUCCGUAUAAUCCAUUUGAUUUAACGAAAGUAUUUUCACAAAAUGAUUUUCCAUUACGUCGGCUUGGUAAAGUAACAUUAACGGAAAAUCCCGAGAAUUAUUUUGCACAAAUUGAACAAGCUGCUUUUUCACCGGCACAUAUGCCACCAGGCAUCGAAGCAUCACCGGAUAAAAUGCUACAAGGUCGACUUUUUUCAUAUGCUGAUACACAUCUUCAUCGUGUUGGUACAAAUCAUCAUCUCAUUCCAGUUAAUAAUCCUGAAACAAAUAAAAAUGUUAAAGUUUGUACUUAUCAACGUGAUGGUGCCAUGCAAACAGGCCGUAAUCAAGGCAGUGCUCCAAACUACUAUAAGAAUUCAUAUAAUGGUCCGGAUGUGACGAAUCGUGAUAAACAUAUUGAACAUGCAACAUUUGAAUCAGGGAUGGCAGCACGCCAUGAAGCAAGUGAAGACGACAAUUAUUCACAACCACGAGUCUUCUAUCGACAAGUAUUAGAUGAUCGUGGCCGUGCAAAUAUAAUUAAUAAUAUUGCUGAUCAUUUACAACAAUGUACUGACAGAGAUAUAGUCCGCCGUUCAAUUGCCAUAUUUGCUAAUGUCGAUGAUGAACUUGCACGGCGCUUAGCUGAAAAGCUUAAUCUUGAUGUGCCGACAAAAGCAUCAACAGCAUCAAAUAUUAGAUCGAAAUAUUAA